AUGUUUGCGUCGACAGCCUAUGAAGGGGACCGCCCCGACUCUUCUGAUAUAGACCAAUCCAACCUACAGACAAUUCUGGAAAUCCCAAAAAUGCUUCCGGAAAAAAUCCAAAAAGAGCCUGCCACUGGCGGUGACUCACUACUCCGUGCUCAGCGCAUGUCACUGGUGCAGCUUUAUCUGCCCGUAGAUAUAGCCAAAGAAUCCAUCGCAGCAAUUGGAUCCAUCUCAUGCUUUCAGUUUCGAAAUCUAAAUGAAGAUAAACCUCUUAACAUGCUAUUGUAUGCCGGCGAAAUGCAACAACUAGACGACUGCGAGCGACGUUUAACACUUCUCGCCAAAGAAGCAGAAUCGAUGGGGCUUUGGCAGAUCUCCGAAAUCUCGCUAAAAGAAGCAGCAGCAGCAGCUUCGUCCGUCAUUAACGGCGAAGAUGCCAAAACGGCAUCGCGACGAUCAGCGGGGUUGCCUGGAACAAUGGCCAAUCCGUUCUCCCCCAUUACCAUGCUGCCAGCUUCGCUGCAGGAACUUUAUGAUCAACUUUCGGAGCUGGAAAAACGAAUUCUACAGCUAAAGUCUUCUGAGGGGGAACUACGCGAGCGCCAACGCGAAUUGAUUUCGCGUUCAGCUGUGCUGACAGAAGCUGAGCGGCUUUUUUCUGAAGAGCGGCCGCAUGCUGACAUUGAUGUAGAUAGCUCAGUGCAUAAAGGAUCAGACCUCCUGACUAGCGCAAUAGGUGCCAUUUCAAGCGAUUCGCCAAAUUUUCUUGGAUUUGUCGGAGGCAUCAUUGAUCACUCAAAAAGCGCUGUGCUGCAAGGGAUACUUUGGCGCGCUUUGCGUGGACAUCUUUUCAUGAGAGUGAUUGACGCAACCGCACGAAUUGAAGAUGUAUCGGACGAUGUGAGAGGAUCCGACCUUUUUGUGGUUGGCGCGAACGGCGCUGCUGCACUGGCCAAGGUGCGAAGGCUUGCGCUUUCACAAGGCGCCAUCAUUGUCUCCAUUAGCGACAGCGAUGCUGAACAGCGGGCCCAAGAGGCGGCCCAGGCUGCAAACGGGCUUCGCGAGCUUGAGGGUGUGCUAGCAUCCACUGCUGCCACUAAAAGAAGCAUGCUUGUGGGGCUCACAUCUGCGCUACCUGUGUGGCGUGCUUUCGUGUUGAAAGAACGCGCACUCUUUUCUUCGCUUAAUAUGUGCCAACGCGAGGACGAGCAUGAACGCCUGGGAGGCGCUACCUUGGCAGCCGCAGGUGGCUGCUUAGUAGCUGAGGGCUGGGCACCUACUUCGAUGGUUGGAAAAUUACACACUGCACUGGAACGCGCACGGGCUCGCACAGGAGCCCCCGUAGCUGGCCUCUGCUCAGAACUUGCGGCAAUCCCGCUAGACAGGCACAGUGAAGAGAGCGAGUUAGCCCUGACGCCCCCAACGUCCUUUGUUUUGAACAAAUUCACAGGCCCUUUCCAAGAUCUUAUUAAUGCCUAUGGCACACCAACAUAUGGGGAAAUCAAUCCCGCGCUUUUUGUUCUCGUAACUUUUCCUUUUCUUUUUGCAGUGAUGUUUGGUGAUAUUGGCCAUGGAUUUCUAGUUUUACUGGCCUCUGGGUACCUCAUAUUACGUGAGCGCAAAUUAGAACGAGCACCGCUCAUUGGCGGUGACAUCUGGAGUUAUGUCUUUGGAGGCCGUUACAUUAUCUUCCUGAUGGGAGUCUGGUCUAUUUAUAUCGGAUUCAUAUACAACGAUUGCUUUUCGCGCUGUCUCGCUAUCUUUGGAACAGGCUGGGAAUGGCCGACCGAAGAAUCGCCAGGCGGGCCUUUGGUGGUUCCCAUCCAAACUGGCGUCCCCUUUUUUGGCAUAGACUCCUCCUGGGUGACUGCACAGAAUUCUCUGGUUUUUUUCAAUGCAUACAAGACUAAACAAGCAAUUUUGCUUGGUAUCCUUCAGAUGCUCUUUGGGCUGAUCAUCUCCGCGUUCAAUUAUUCCUUUCGUGGCGACAGGCAUUCAUUUUUCGGCAUUUUCUUACCGCAGUUCAUCUUUUUAACGUGCACGUUUGGAUAUCUCGGAAUUCUUUUCGUGGCCAAGUGGGUUGUACAGACACCCACAUCGCCAUCAUUGCUUUUGAUGUUUGUAGACAUGUUCUUGUCGCCGGGUAAUGUCGAUCCUACGCGAAGGUUUUAUUCGGGCCAGGAGCUCGUUCAGGGCCUUUUGGUGAUCGUCGCGCUACUUUGUAUCCCUUGGAUGCUGCUUUACCGUCCGCUUGCCCUUCAUUUUGAUGCCAAAAAGGCUGCUAUGAAAGCUCAAAAGAAAAGCCCUUCUAACAAGGACAUACCGCCUUGUAAUUUUUCGCCUAAUAGUGUUCUUCAGCAUUCAGAUGUUAGUAGCCCCAAGAACACGCUCGAUACCCACAAGGAUGAAGACACGGAGUUUUCCUUGGCAGAUGAACUAUUACAUUCCGGUAUCCACACAAUUGAGUUCUCUCUCGCAUCAAUCUCAAAUACAGCCUCAUACCUACGGCUUUGGGCGCUCUCGUUGGCGCAUGCACAGCUUUCAGAGGUGCUUUGGGACUUGAUUGUGGAGUUUGCCGCUUCUGGGCCCAUUAUUGGCGUCAUAGUUUUCAUUUGUUGGUUUUCGCUAACGAUCGCCAUUUUAGUGGCGAUGGAGGGCCUUUCCGCAUUUUUGCAUGCCCUGAGGCUGCACUGGAUCGAGUUCAAUAGCAAAUUCUUCCUGGGCGAGGGUAAGCCAUUUGAACCGCUUUCUCUUCCUGCCGUGCUCUCUCGGGAUGCCAUCCGCCGCUUUGACCCUGAUGAUGGCGAGUAG